AUGACGGAAAGUUUGCCUCGUAAAGAACUAAUGGAUGAAAUAGUGAGUCGUAAAAAUUUGGGUGAUAAAAAGUUUCAUUCUGAAACUAGUUUACAAAAUUUUGAAAAUGAUGACGCCGUGUCUCCUGAAGUGGCAGAAGAUCCUGGAGUACACAAUGCACCAGUGACGGGAACACCUGUGCUAAGUUCAGACAGGAGACGGACCAUGUCCCAACCGGGACCGAUUUCAGGCAACCUGCUAACAGCUACUACAGCACGAACUCGCCGUCGGCAGCCACGGAACGUUAUGUAUGCUCCUGACAUUGAGAAAGGGAAUUCUGUAGAUCGACUGAGCGCGUUGAACGGGAAGGAUGAUUAUUCAUUUCCGUCUACACCUGGAAGUGAAAGGCAUAGUCCGUAUCUUUAUAACAGCAACACUCGAAAUGGAGACAUAAAAUCACUGAACAGUUAUCGAUUACCAAUUAGUGAGAUUCGAGGUGGGUCCACUCCACGGAAGAGAUCGGUGGCGACGAUGGACGCACAAUCUUUGCGGUCUGAGACUCACGCACCGCCCCCAACUAGUCCUGAAAACAAUGCCAAAUUGUCUCUAAAAUAUCUAACCCUCAUUCUCAGCUGUAUGUAUGCAGUAUUAUUGGUAACUCUCGGACUAAUCAUAUACAUUGCGGACCCGUUUGUAGAUCUGUCGUCACCUUCAUUGAUAUAUUCUAUUACUCUUGUGGGUGUAGGAUUUUUAUUCCAAUUCUAUCUUCUAUUUGACAUCAAUAGAUAUAAAGCCAUUGCUUUAAAAAACCAGAAAAUGAAAGAAAAGCAUAUGGAAAAAUUUUCGGAGUUCUUUCGAAAACAAGAGAUAGAUUAUGGCAAUGAAGAUAACCCAGGUGAACGAACUCCUGAAAGUCGGCCCACUGACCUGCCGUCUCCAGUCCUAGUGCCUUUACAACAUGAUUAUUGUUUUAGUCAUGGAAGACAUUCGGGGAGUUUCUACCUCAAGAUAGGAGCAGCUGCAUUUGCAUUAGGUCAUUUGGUGCACUCUGUUCUCCUGAUUGUGGUGCAAGUUAGUUACUAUUAUGACGAUACUAUCGACAACGAUGAUUGUAUCAACGUACUGGAAGUUACGUUUGAUGUUCUCCAACCAUUGUACUGCUUUGUACAAAUUUUCUUCAUAUUUAAAUACUGCAACGUGCUGAUAUUAAAGAACCAGGGUCUGGCUCAUUUUGGAUUUAUGCAUAUGAUUGGUAGUAGUUUAUGUUUUUGGAUUUUCAACAUCAUACGUGAAACGAUUUUAUCCUUAACUAUUUACGCAAACAAGACAUACGGAAAUCGCACUGAGACUGUUAGCACAGAAUCUGAUAUGAUCUUACCAUUAUUUGAUGUAAGUGGAUUAUAUAACGAAAAAUGUAUCGGCUCCCAAGUUAUAACGACAAUCUUAGAGAAUCUUUCUCCGUACUUAUACCCAUUUGGUGUUGAAUUUAAUAUCCUGAUUGUUGGCGUUUAUUACAUUAUUUGGAGUAAUAUUGGAAAUUGUGAAAAUGUUGACGCAACCGAUGGUAGUUCAAGCUUCGAUGACUCUCAAACCAUAUGCAAAAUACCAACGGCAAGUGAAGACAACGACUACACAAGCAAUAUCGUUAUCUACGCAGACUGUCACGCGUCCAACAAGGGAUUAUUUUUGGGUAUGGUGUUAACUGUGGUGGCAGUGGGUAUACUUAUACUGGGCUUCGUGUUGGGCAACGUUGGAGAUUCAAAUUUCCGUGAAACUGGCUACGCAAUAAACAACUGGUCCAUGUUAACCAUGCAUACUCUCUUGCUGAUUGCUUGCGUAAUAGCCUAUAACCAAAUGAGGAAACUGGAUAUCAAUGAACAUCCCAUCUCACUCUUGGAUGACAUUCUUCUCUUCGUUUGUCUGCCAGCUUUCUUUAUGGAAACCGUCCUGUCUAUGGUUGCCACAAUUAAUAUACUAAAUAUUGUGAGAAGCAUAGACUUCAUGGUUAUGGUUAUACAAGUGUUGAUUCAAACCCCAUUAAUCGUGGACGCGCUUCGACGAUGCAGUAACAGCCGCAAAUUACGCAAGACGAAGCCAGGUAGAGAGGUUCUUAUGUUCUUGCUCAUCGCCAACGUGGCCAUGUGGAUGAUGUACACCUUCUCGUACAAAUCACCGGAAUCGCUCGACGAAAGAUACACAUAUUACGGGAAAGUGCUUUGGAGUAUACUGGGACACAUAUCUCUCCCGCUUAUAAUGUUCUAUAGAUUCCAUUCCAGUGUAUGCUUCGCAGAUAUUUGGGACGCGGCCUACAAGCCCGGUUCAGAACAUUAA